CGCUCCCCAGGGUAUUUCUCGUCGCCUUCAAUUUCUUUUUCUCUCCUCUCCUGUGAACAUAUAUUUCACGACAGUCAAGGACUCACUGCACGAUGGCGCCGACACGAGAACCUGGGCAGAAGGGGAUUAACUGGUCUAAUAUUGCUGUUGGUGCAAUUAUGAACAUGUUCGAGGUAACAACACUCGGCCAGCCGCUAGAGGUGUUGAAAACCCAGAUGGCCGCAAAUCGCUCCCAAUCGAUGCUCCAGGGAGUAGGCACCAUCUGGUCGCGCGGUGGUUUCUUAGGCUUCUACCAAGGUCUCAUCCCCUGGGCGUGGAUCGAGGCAUCUACCAAGGGAGCUGUGCUCCUCUUCACAGCAGCAGAGAUCGAAAACCGGAGUAUUGCCGCCGGUCUUGCUCCCGGUUGGGCCGGGUUGCUCGGCGGAAUGGGCGGCGGUAUCGCCCAAGCGUACGCAACGAUGGGCUUCUGCACAUGUAUGAAGACUGUCGAGAUCACACGGCAUAAACAGGCAGCGUCGGGUAUCAAGCCCCCGAGCACGUUUGCUGUGUUUAUGGAUAUCUAUCGGAGAGAGGGUAUUGCUGGCAUCAACAAGGGUGUCAACGCAGUCGCAGUGCGCCAGUGCACAAACUGGGGUUCUCGGAUGGGUUUCGCCCGCCUGGCGGAAGACACAAUCCGAAGCAUGCGGGGAAAGAAAGAGGGCGAAAAGCUCGCUCCGAUGGACAAGAUCCUCUCUUCCUCUAUCGGAGGUGCGCUCGCCACCUGGAACCAGCCUAUCGAAGUCGUACGCGUAGAGAUGCAGAGCAUGAGCAAGAAGCCCGGGACGGAGAAGCUCGGCGUGUUCGGCACCCUUAUGUAUGUGUAUAGGGAGAACGGGAUCAAGGGCUUGUAUCGGGGUGUGACGCCUCGCAUUGGCCUGGGGAUAUGGCAGACGAUCUGCAUGGUCUCCUUCGCAGAUUACGUCAAGGCUUGGGUGAACCGAAAGUAGUAGGAAAACAACCCUAAUACCUAACCCCUUUCCUUUCCCCGCAUUCCUCAACUACCUAACUACCUCACAUCCUCCUCCCUUCCCUCGCAGCAUCCUAAUGCAUCUCCUCCGCACGAACAAAAUUCCCACAUUCCGCAAUUCCGCAACUUCACAAUUCCUUAUCUUCCCUUCCAAUCUUGUGUCUUGGUCUCAUCGUCUCAUUGUCCAUUUCGUUACUUAUCGUACUGGUUAGUCUG